CACGAACCCUGCCUGAAACAUUAAAAUAUCGUGAUCCCCAACCUCUUGUCACGGGUAAUGGUUCCUCUUGGGACUUUCACGCCUCAGAAGCUUUGAAACAAGAACUUAAGGAUGCUAUUCGUGAUCAUUUCAAAUUUUGGAAAGCUGGACAACGUGAUAAAACGAGAAUACCACAAUACUUCAUUCUAGCAGGAGCUGGAGAAGGAAAAUCUCGCACUGCACAAGAAUUGCCGAAAUUGCUAAUUGAAUGUACAAAUGAUGUUGACAUACAGAAUCGACUUAGGUCUGCUCUUGUAUUUAAUCUAGUAUUUGACAAUGGGACCAAACUAUUUGAAACCAAUAGCGAUUAUGCAAUUGUUGACAAAAAUCUAAAUAUUGCUACAUUUGAGGGGAAAGGAAUAACAGUAGAUGACGUAACUCAGUUUGGUCUUGUUCGAUUUGAGAGUCUAAGAACGGAUCAGGUGGUUGGAUAUCUCACAUGUCCAUAUAUUUGGCUAUGGAUAAUGGCGGAUGCGUCGCGAAAUGAUAAACUUUUACGGAACUGGGAUUUUAACUAUUACAAUGAAGUACGCAAUAAAGCAGGGAGCCCAAGUAUACCACCCGGUUGCCAAUACUGGCAAAAUUUUGAGUACUUUGUUGCUCAAUUUCGCUCCCUAAAAUCGAAUAUCUAUGGUGAUGAUGUACAAGUUGAACUCAGAGUCAUUCAUAAUGGUGCCAAGCAUAAUUUUGGUGAUAGUUCCAUAUACAAUCGAGAACUUACAUUGGAACAAUCAGUUAAAAGGGUCAGCACCAAGUCUGGAAAUUAUAAGCAAGAUGUAAAAAUUUUGUGUCAGGAUGGAGAAGUCGACGUUACAGAAGCAAGACAUAUUAUAAUCAAUGCACCUAGUGCUGAAUCUGGAGAUAGCUUUUGUUCGAUUGAAAUGGUAGGGACCGGACUGCUACAAACGGAGACACAUCAAUGCAAGUUGGUGAAACAAAUAAUUUCUCAGGAAAGAUUUAAAGAUGAGCAUGAAAAAGCAACGAGUCCAGGGGAUACUUUCAUUCUUUACACAUCAACUUCCUCCGAAAAACUUGAACCUCAUCAGCCAAUGUCUGCAAUCGUUAGUAAAGAAAACUGGGAAGAAUAUUUCGGAUCUUUUGCUGGGAGAUGCUAUAAUUAUGCUAUGGAACUACCAAAUCUUAAUGAAGCGACUUACACUCAGCUGACUGGAAAAAAUUUCAUUGGAGAAACUUGA